AUGUCAUCUGCAACAGAUAACCUCAACAUCCUGGCCAAGGCGAUCUAUGGAGUGCUCAUUGCAUCUGUUCUUGGACUAGUCUCCUUCGGUGUAAUUCGAUUAUCAUGCGUCGAAGAUGUAGAACCGGGGGAGCCGCCAGUUGUCUAUUCUAGAAUUCCCUUCAUUGGUCACAUGAUCGGCCUUCUCAGCCAGCACAAUAACUAUUUCACUUAUAUAAGUGAGCGCUACAAAGGUCCUAUUUAUACAGUCAAGAUCUUCUCGUCCAGAAUCUACAUCAUCCAGUCACCUGACCUAGCCCAAGCCGCUUUCCGGCAAAGCAAGGAAAUCGACUUCAACGCCAUCAAAGCCUGGGGUUGUCGAGCGAUAGAUUACGAUCAGCAUGGAAUAGACAUUGUUGCUUUUCGACCUGAGAAAGGCGAAGGCGCCUACAUGAUCGACCUCCAUAAUGAGAUGCACUCAUCGCUAGCCCAAGGCCCGAGUCUUUUGGAAACUAAUGCUCGAGUCCUGAACUAUCUUGCCAAGUCCCUGAAUGCUGUUCAUGCUGGUUCAAAGAGGCAUCAAUUGUUUCGUUGGCUACGAGAUGAAUACACCAUCGCAUCCGCAGGGACACUGUAUGGAUUGUCAAACCCUGUAUCCGACAAUCCAAGUUUGAUUCAAUCGAUUUGGGACUUCGAAAGGGAUCUCGGACUGCUCGUUCUCAAUUUUCAUCCGAGAUUUACUGCGCCCAAAGGCUACGAUGGCAGAAACGUUGUGUUGCCCGCUUUCCUAAAAUAUUAUGAGGAGGGCCUCGACAAGAAUGCCAAUGGUUUAGUUCAAGGGAGAGCUCGAGCCGCACGUCAAUGGGGUUUGACCAACGAAGAAAUUGCCAAGGCAGAAAUCACCAUCAUUAUGGCCGCUGGCACCAAUACUGUCCCCAGCGUCUUCUACAUGAUCUGCUACAUCUUCUCCAAGCCAGAUUUGAUCAACCCACUUCGUGAAGAAGUCGGCAAACUGAUGACUCGGAAAACUCGAGAUGGUGGCGAAGUUGAGUCGCUCAAUAUAUCGCAGCUGCAAUCCGACUGUCCUCUGCUCACCGCUUGCUUCCACGAGACCUUGCGUCUAAACAAGACAGGAGCUUCAGUCCGCACCAUUCUGGAAGACGUCAAACUAGACAACCAAUACUUCCUCAAGAAAGGAGCAUUUCUUCAAAUUCCUACUGGAGUUAUGCAAGCCGACCUCAAGACUUGGGGUCCUGAUGCCAAAGAGUUCAAUCCGAGACGCUUCCUCAACCAGGAUUCAUUAUCGAAAGAAGCAAAGAAAGCGCAAGCUCAAGCAUAUAUCCCUUGGGGUGGAGGAAAGAACCUCUGUCCUGGUAGACAUCUGGCGUUUACCGAGAUUGUGGCCUUUGUUGCGGUGCUUGUAUAUGGAUUCGAGCUGAGUAUGAGUGAUGGUAGCGUAAUGCGAGUUCCUAAAGGCGAAUUCCAAAAACUGGGCGUUGCAUCAAUUUCGCCGGAGAAAGAUCUUGAUGUUUUGAUACAGAGGAGAAAAGGAUUCGAGGACGCAAUUUGGGCAUUUGAUGUUUGA